UUUGUUUUUGUGAGAUAAGCCUGUAUCUGUAUGUCUCUGCUCUGCACGCAGACACUAGCCUUACACUUACCUUGCUUUAACAUGAUUAUAUCACUGCCCAGUUCCUCUGUGUGACGAGGUAUUAAUUUAACACUCAUUCAGCAAUCAUUUAGCUCUUCCACUGGCAGCAGGGGUGUGUUGUGCAAACGCCUCUCUGUGAAGAGUAAUAAAUCUCUUACAUUUUAACUGAACCUUGUAGUAUAGGUGGAAGUGGAGUUUGAUCCUUUGGUCAGUUCAGGAAGCUUCUGAAAAACAUGAGAUUCCUGGGAUCGUCUUCGGGUAAUUUGUGACAUGCUGAAUUGUUUGGGGAAGACAAAUUAGCUCCGAACAGUCCAGCUGGAAUGACGCACAGUGUGACCACUUGCUAAAAGAUGACUUUUGACCUUGCAGUAGGACGCCAAGGAGCCAUCAUGACCACAUCUCCACCGCCAUCUCCCGGGUCCAGACCUACCCUGGUUACUGUGGAUAUAGUGGUGCUGGUGGUAUACUUUCUACUUGUGCUGGCAGUGGGCUUCUGGUCCAUGUGGAGAACAAAGCGCAGCACGGUGGAUGGCUACUUCCUGGCUGGGAAGAACAUGACCUGGUGGCCGGUGGGUGCCUCUCUGUUUGCCAGUAACAUUGGCAGUGGACAUUUUAUUGGCCUGGCAGGGUCAGGAGCUGCAGCAGGAAUCGGGGCAAUUGCAUAUGAAUGGAAUGGUAUGUUGAUGGUGCUGCUGCUGGGAUGGCUCUUCCUGCCCAUUUAUAUUGCCUCUGGGGUAACAACAAUGCCAGAGUACUUGCAGAGACGAUUUGGUGGGAGAAGAACACAGUUAUUUAUAGCUGUUCUGUCCUUGUUUAUCUACAUUUUCACAAAGAUAUCAGUGGAUAUGUAUGCUGGUGCAUUGUUUAUACAGCUUGCUUUGCAAUGGGAUAUCUACUUGGCUAUAGUGCUGCUGCUGUCAGUCACUGCUCUCUACACUGUAGCAGGUGGUCUGGCUGCAGUCAUCUACACCGAUGCUGCUCAAACCGCUAUCAUGCUGGCAGGAGCUCUCACCCUCAUGGGCUUCAGCUUUGCGGAGGUCGGAGGCUGGAACGCUCUGAUGGAGGGAUACGCCAAUGCCAUCCCUUCCGUCACUGUGCCCAACUCAACCUGCGGCAUCCCCCGAGACGACGCUUUCCACAUAUUCAGAGACCCGGUGAAUUCUGACCUGCCUUGGCCCGGGGUCAUCAUUGGCAUGUCCGUCCCCUCCAUGUGGUACUGGUGUUCUGAUCAGGUGAUUGUGCAGCGCUCCCUGGCUGCUAAGAACCUGACCCAUGCAAAAGGAGGUUCACUAAUGGCGGCUUAUCUAAAGAUUCUGCCUUUCUUUGCCGUUAUGCUGCCUGGCAUGAUCAGCAGGAUACUUUACACAGAUGACGUGGCAUGUGCAGACCCUGAACUGUGCAAACAGAUUUGUGGCAACCCAGUGGGCUGCACAGACACCGCCUACGCCAGACUGGUCAUGGAGCUGCUGCCCGCUGGAUUGAGGGGUCUGAUGAUGGCGGUGAUGAUUGCUGCCCUCAUGUCAUCUCUGACCUCCAUCUUCAACAGCGCCAGCACCAUUUUCACCAUGGACCUAUGGAAGAGUUUCAGAUCCCGUGCGUCUGAGUGGGAGCUCAUGAUUGUGGGCAGGGUGUUUGUGCUCGUGCUGGUGGUGGUGUCCGUGCUGUGGAUUCCUGUUGUUCAGGCCAGUCAGGGAGGGCAGCUCUUUAUUUACAUCCAGUCCAUCAGCACCUACCUCCAGCCCCCAGUCUCCAUCAUCUUCAUCAUGGGCUGUUUCUGGAAGAGGACUAAUGAGAAGGGUGCAUUCUGGGGCCUGGCUAUCGGUCUGUUGGUAGGCUGCAUCCGCAUGUUGCUGGACUUCAUUUAUCCUGCGCCCCUGUGCUACGAGGUGGACGACAGGCCCGCAGUGUUGAAGUACGUCCAUUACCUCUACUUUUCCGUCUUGCUGUCCUUCAUCACCCUGGUCGUGGUGGUUGGAGUCAGCCUGGUCACAGAGGAGCCCAAACCGGAGCAGAUCAGCCGUCUUACCUGGUUCACAAGGUUCGAUCCAGUGGAGCCCAAAGAGCAUGUAUUCACAGUGGAGCGGAGCAGUAAGGCCUCAGAGGUGAUCACUAGUCAGACGGAUGAGAUGGGAGUUACAGGAAGAGAGGAGGCCGCCAGCAAUGGAAAAGCAUGUGGAUCACAGGAAAGGUGGGGUCCCUGUCCCGCAAGUCAUGACUCUUUUCCAUUUGACCAUUUGUCAUUCUUGCUAGUGGACAACACCCACUGAACAAUUCAAAAUGUUUUCUCUCCACUUCUUGAACUCUCCAGACUCCUCAUCCUCAGCGUCCAGCGUCCGCAGCCAGUCCAGGCUGAUGUCUGCCCUCUACUGGC